CAGAUAACCAGUUUCAAGCAGGUUAUCUUCAUAUUAAAUACAAAUAAAAAAAAAAACAUUAAGUAUUUUGAUUUGUUUAAUUCAACAAAAAAAAAAAUCUCUUUAGUUUUUCGAAGAAACCAAACAAAAAAAAAGAGAGGAAUUAAAAAACAUUUUAGUUUUUCAUUAACAGUAGACGACUUAACUGUUCAUAAUUAAGGCGAUAAAGACAAAACAAAAAAUAGCCAUACUACAUUAAAAAAUGAUUAAAUUUAUUCUAUUAACAAUUUUAUCAAUAAUAUGUGUUCAUUCAAUACCACAACAACAACAACAGCCACAGCAACAGGAUUUUGAAAGAGUCGUCCAAAGUAUAUUUAAUACAUCAAGAUCAUCUGGUUUUAAUCAAAUUGUUUUACCAGAACCAUUAGGUCCAACUGAAGAACCACAAAUUUUUAUUAAAGAUAAUGUACAAUGUCGUUGUGUACCAUAUCAUAGAUGUGAUCCACGUAAUAAUACAGUUAUAAAUGAUAGUCCUGACGGUAAUACCAAUGAAGAUGAACAAAUUGAUGGUUUUGGAUUACUUGAUAUACGAUUUGAUUCACAAUCAUGUCAAGAUGUUCUUGAUGUUUGUUGUGGAUAUGAAAAAAUUAGUGAGAAACCAUUACCGGUUAAACCGGUAGUUACACAACCAACAAGACCAACUGGUUGUGGUAUUAGAAAUGUUGGUGGUAUUGAUUUUCAAAUAACUGGUAAUACAAUGAAUGAAGCUGGAUUUGGUGAAUUCCCAUGGACAUUAGCUAUUUUAAAAAAUGCUGAUGAAAGUUGUGUAUGUGGUGCAUCAUUAAUUCAUCCACAAGUUGUUUUAACAGCAAAUCAUUGUGUACGUAAAAUGGUUAAUAAUCCAGGUUCACUUAAAGUACGUGCCGGUGAAUGGGAUACACAAACAACAAAAGAACGUUUACCAUAUCAAGAAAGAGUUGUACGAAAUAUUAUAAGUCAUCCACAAUAUGAUAUUAGAACAUUAGGUAAUGAUAUUGCAUUAUUAGUUUUACAAACACCAUUUACAUUAGAUGACCAUAUUGGUGUUGUAUGCUUACCGCCAGCAAGUAGUGUUCCAAGUAGUUCAAAUUGUUAUGCUAGCGGUUGGGGUAAAGAUAUUUUUGGUAAACAAGGAAAAUAUAGUGUUAUUAUGAAGAGAAUUCCAUUACCAAUUGUAUCAUUUGAUACAUGUCAAAAUGAAUUAAGAAAAACUCGUCUUGGUAAUACAUUUCAAUUACAUCCAACUUUUGUAUGUGCUGGCGGUGUUGAAGGUGUUGAUACCUGUGAAGGUGAUGGUGGUGCACCAUUAGUUUGUCCUGCUGGUAAUCCAGCAGAUAAUCGUUAUGCACAAAAUGGUAUUGUUGCAUGGGGUAUCGGUUGUAAUGAAGCUAGACCAGCUGUUUAUGCAAAUGUAGCAUUAGCAAGACAAUGGAUUGAUACACAAGUUAGAGGAUUAGGAUUCGAUCCAAGUGUUUAUUCUUAUUAAUAUGUAUAUAUUUAAAUAUAUAUAUACCUAAAUGUUUAUAACUUAAUUUAAUCAUUUAAAAAAAGAAAAAAAAAUUGAAAUGAAAAUGAAAUAAAUUAAUAAGUGAUAAAAUGAAAUUUUU